AUGAGCAACACAAACACAUCCCCGUCCACAGGGGAGAUCGCCUCAAGCGCAGCAGCAGCACCAACAAGCCAUGCCCUGACACACACCCACAACAACCCCUCCCAAUCCUCCACAACUACCAUCACCGUCAUAGCCCCUCCAGAAAAGGCGGACGAUCCCGCCAAGCAGAAAGAUACCACUACCCCUGUCGAUCCCGAGAGCGGAUUGCCCACAGCUGAGGUCGAGAAGACGUCUGAUGAGAUCCUUGCCCAGGUGGUCGAGACCCUGCCCCUGCGCCAGCUUGCUCCCGCAUUCUUGGGAGUUGCGAUGACAAUGUUCAUGGCUGCCUUGGAUAACAGCAUCGUGUCGACGGCAUUGCCCAAAAUCGGAACCCAGUUCUCGGCAUCUAAUAAGGUCGAGCUGGUCUUUACCUGCUAUGUCAUUACCUUCAACGCCUUCCAAGGUCUUUACGGAAAGAUGAGUAAUGUGUUUGGACGCAAGCCUACGGUGUUCUUUGCUAUCAGCAUCUUCUGCAUAGGCUCGAUCCUCUCGGGUGUUUCACAGUCUAUGAACAUGUUCUUGGGCGCACGCGCACUCACUGGUAUUGGAGCAGGAGGAAUUUUCUCGCUGUCCAACAUUAUCAUUGCAGACUUGGUGUCGAUCCGCGACCGAGGCAAAUAUCAGGGCUUUAUCUCUGCCGUGUUUGCCAUCUCUGCCCUGGUUGGACCCGUCAUGGGAGGUGCCUUUGUCGACAAGGUCAGCUGGAGAUGGUGCUUCUUUAUUCAGAUUGCACUGGCUGUUGUCACGGUCCCCACGAUGACAGUGAUGCUGAAGCUACCAAGACCCAAAGGAGACAUUUGGAGUAAGGUCAAGGCGAUUGAUUGGGCUGGCACCUUCUUCAUGGCCAUCUCUGCCGUCUUUUUGCUCUUGCCCACCAACCUUGGCGGUAACCUUUAUGCCUGGAACUCGCCGUUGAUUAUUACACUCUACGUGUUGGCAAUCCCUUCGAUCUUGAUGUUCUUGUGGGUCGAGGCCAAGCACGCCGAGCAUCCCAUUGUACCCCCUUACCUCUGGAAGAACCAUAACGUCGUCACCCUCCUGAGCAUUAACGUCUUUAUGGGCAUGACCUUCUGGUCUCUUAUGUUCUACCUGCCCAUCUACUUCCAGAUCAUUGAGCACGAGACGGCAACGAAUGCUGGUUUGACCAUGAUUCCAUUGGAGGCUGGUGUGUUCAUCUCGUCCAACAUUGCCGGUCUCCUUGUCUCAAAGUACGGCAAAUACCGACCCUACAUCUUCACUGGCACCGGCAUUGCAGUCGUUGGUAUCUGCCUUUGCCUGGUCCUUGCCGAGACGUCGUCCAAGGUUAUUCACGUUGUGGUCCUGUUUAUCUGCGGUUUGGGAGUGGGCCAGUUGUUCCCCACCCUGAUUGUUGCUAUCCAGGCCUCGGUUGAUCGCAAGGAUCUUGCCACCGUUUCGGCAUUGCACAACUUUUUCCGUAUGACCGGAUCGGGUUUUGGUGUGGCCAUCAACGGAGCCUUGUUCCAGAACAACCUCAACAAUGGGCUGGAGAGCUCGGGGGUGCCAGUGGAGUGGGCCAACUUGGCCAAGAGCUCUGCUCAAAAGAUUGUGGAUAUCCCUGAGACUUACCGGGGGAUGGUUGAGGAGGUUUACUUGGACAGCAUGAAAACCGUGUUCAAGGCCACGAUUCCUAUGGCAGUGAUGAUGUUUGUGUUGACGUUCUUGAUCCGCCAUGUGCGCCUGAACGCCAAGGCUGCUCCUUCAACCCCCGAGCCUAAGAGUUUUGACGAAACAGCGGUGGCUGCGUCAGGCAAAAGUGAGAAGGGGAUGAAGGAAGAAGUCGUUGAAAUGGAAGAAGAGAAGCAGUUUGCUUCUGUACCUUCGGCUGCGAGAGGUGACAAGGAGGAGUUGAAGUAA